GGUCAUCGUGGCAGCAAGUCUAGGGUGAGGUGGUGUAGGGGUCAUGGAUGCCAGGGCGAUGCCAGUCACAGUGCUCGUGGGCGGAGCUCAUUGCUCGGGUGCUGGCUGCCUAUCAUAUAUGGCCGUGCGGGAGGCGUGGUGGCAUGCGUGUGACGGCCGGUGGCGGUGGUGCACCGAGUGUGGCUUGGUGUACUCUGUCUUGGUGAUGAAGAGGGCUUGCCGAGGUGAAAACCUUCUUUAGCCUAGACAAGUAGAUGAUCGCGGCACCUGCGGGUGUCGUCUCCUUCUUGAAGGCAUCGUCGCGGUUCCUCUUCGUCCCCUUUGUUGCUCCGGGGGAAACCUUGAUCCCUGGAUCGGGCAGUGGUGGCACUCCGGUGUCAUAUCCUUCCUGAAGGCGCCACCCUGGAGCACUUGGGUUGUCAUGCAAGGCUUCAUAUCUUCACGGUGGCUUGUUCACCGCGGAGGGCACCGGAGGCCUCAAGCGGUGUCCUAUCUUCCUACAUGUAGAUUGCUUGGGGUAGUAGGGGGUCACGUUGUUGCUCAUAAUCACCCUUGCAUCUUGCCUUGAGUGUGUGUGGUGGUGUGGAGUUGGUUGUGUUGAGUUGUAUGUUUGGUUGUUGCUUUAUAUAGAAAACGUGGCACGAGCCUUUUUUGGAUAUAGAAGGUCAAUGUUCUCAUUUCUAAUGUAGUCACGCAGGUGGUUUCAGUGCCCCCUAGCACCGAAACCACGCAUAUUCCAAAAAAGGAUUCUCGUAUGCCUGAGAGAUUGCGGAUGUAGAUGCUAGAUCUGCAGAUCUUCAGGCCCUCAAGCCUGCGCCGAUUCGUAUAGACAAAUCUAAGACAAGAAUUUUGAGACGGAGGUAGUACGAGCCAACUUUCACAGUAAAGUACUCCCUCCGUAAAGAAAUAUAAGAGAGUUUAGAUGACUAAUUUAAUGAUCUAAACGCUCUUAUAAUUCUUUACAGAAGGAGUAGCACAGAUUUGACACUGUAAGGUAAUGCAGAUGACAUAAGGACUCCAGGAUAAAUUCUCACAAAACAAUUUCAUUGCUGUAUCAAGAUCUUUGCUAAAUAAAAUAACAUCAUCGUUGUUUCAUUUUAGAUCAUUGGGCAUUCCAUGGGUGCUGCUAUUGCAGCUAUUUUAACAUACAUACUACGCGAGAACAAGAAGUUAUCAUCAUCUUCAUGUAUUGCCUUUGGACCAGGUAUUGUACUGUAGUCAAUUCCAAAUUGAAAAUUGACCUUUCAACAAAUCAAUAUCAAGAAAAAGUACUGCAUGUCAAUCGAAUACUACCUCUGUUUCUAAACAUAAGAUGUUUUGCAGUUCAAACUGCAAAAAUGUCUUACAUUUAGGAACAGAGGGCGUACGUAAUAAUGAUGCACAUUGCACUGUUAAGAAACAAUCGUUCAUUUUAAGAAAGGUCCAUGUGGAAUCUUUUUAUUUUAUUUUUUAUUUAUUUACUAUUCAUUGAGGAUGUAAGGACACCCGAGAAGUGAAAAAUCACUCUCAUACUAAAAGCUCAAGUAUGCUGAACACCAGCAUUGGCAUUGUCACCCGAAGCAACAGGCGUGCUAUUCAAUUGAUGUGCUAAAGAAUCACUAGCCUGAAACGACGCAACUAAUAUCUGCAAUGAUGCCAUAGUCCCUUCUUUUUGGUUCCAAAAAUUGCUUAUCAAUAUUUCGUUACAGAUGUAGUAUAACAUAACAUUUCGAACUUUACUGUCCAGCUGCUUGCAUGAGCUGGGACUUGGCUGAGUCCAGCAAAGACUUUGUCACCACUGUUGUCAAUAAAAAUGAUCUGGUCCCAUCUUUUGGCAAGGUCUCAGCCUCUGAGCUCCGUACAAAGGUACCCCAUAUGGCCACAUAUUUUCAUAUAGUGAUGCGAAUACAGAUGAAAUCUUUAAAUUUGGGCGUUCCUUCCAUAGCUAAAAUGCAAUGAGUUGGUUGUCUCUCUUCUAGGGUUUUUUCAUUUCAUGGCGAAAAACAAUUAGCUGGUUAAAAUAAAAGCGAAAAAUGUGUGUGCUGUAAACACAAUUUAUUAGCGCAGAAGCAUCGUAGAUCAUCAUACGUUUGCAUUUGUUACGGAAUCUCUGCAGGUUAUGGCAUCAUCCUGGGCACCUGGUCUUCAGGAACGUAUUCAGCAGAAAAGACUCCUGAGUUUUAUAAACCACUCUGUAGACUUCGUGCGAUCCUACAUUCCUUUUGUAUCCAGUCCAACUUCUAAGGUUGCAGAUGUCAAUAUGCUGCCACCUUGGACUGCCAAGGAUGAGAUGAAGCAUUCAGAAGGUGUGCAUGAAGUAGUGAAGGAGCAUUCUGCCCUAUCAUGCUGGACAUAUGUUGCUACAAAGAGUCAAACUUUUGAUGAAACUGAGAAAGGAACAGAUGGAGAACACAUGGAGCAGCUCCUGGAAGCCCUGCGAUCGCCGCCAAGUGCCUCUGAGACACCUCGGCAUCGCCAGUUGUACCCCCCAGGAAGAAUCAUGCACAUGGUUGCAUUGCGAAUAUCAGAAGAGCAAGGCAGCCAGACUGAGGGUGUUGCCCUCUACGAGACCCCUCGCGACAUGUACAACAAGAUCCGACUCGACAAAUCGAUGAUAAGGGACCAUUACAUGCCUAGGUACAUUGAGACGAUGGAGAUGCUCAUCGACCAGCUUGCAGAGAAUGACGUGCCUCCCAGUGACACCAACAACGUCCGGUUGGACUAACUUUAGAAAUAAGGUACUAACCACGCCUUCUGAGAGAUUUUGUAGGAAAUCCUGUAUGCGAUGAUGUUAAAAUUUUAACUGCUAAUUUUUUAACUAAUUGCUCGGUUGUUAUUUGUUUGUUUGAUGUUUUUAUAUUAUAGUGUAUGUAUAAAUAUCAAGCUGGUACGGACA